AUGCCGGCGGGACGCACAUCCACCGUGUCGUGGCUCGCUUCCCUGCUCGUCUUCAUCGCUGCCUUGGAGGUCGCCAGGUGUCGUUCUUCAGCGCAUCAAGGCAAAAAGAUGGUCCCAGUCUACUACGACAUCGGGGCCUGCACAGACAAACAACAUUUCGUCGAAGUCAACAACGUGACCACCAUUAUGGACGAGUGGGGUGCCUAUUACUGCAGCGCAAGCGUCUUGUUCCUCAAAGAAAUGAAGAGUGUGUCUAAGCUGGUCGUCAUCAUAACAAAAUGCACCGGCGGGAAAGCAACGAAUCUUUGUGAGUACUACCUUCGUUGGGUGUGGACGACCGCCCUGUGUCGCUUCAUCCCUGCAAGAGGCAUGGUGUGGAGCCCCUUCUACGAUUCGUUCGAUCCACCUUUCAACUGCCCUGUUAAAGGGCAUUACAUGGUGCGCAAUGCGACCCUGGAUCUCGACGCACUCAAGACCGUUCUCCCCGACUUGCACAAGCAUAUUUGGCCUGUAGAGAUUCAGCUCUUCAAUGAAAGCGGAGAACUAAUUGUCUGUAUGGUCCUGACGGCCGAAUUUCGUCACGUCAAGGGAAAGGCAGUCGCUGGGAGCCCCAGUUGAAAGCCUACCAAGCAUAAAGACCAAUAAAUUCGGC